AUGCUAGCCUCACAGAGCGAAGAGGAGCCCUUUUCCUUCUACAUGUGGUGUGAUAUGCCGUCCAGGCCUUCCAGAAAUAGUUUAAAGGAUUCAACGUAUUUACCUCUGAGUGAACUAUUAGAACACGGUGAAGCUCCAACAACGCGUCCCAGUAGGAAACUGACUAGGUCCAUUGAACAAUGCAAAAAAUGGGUUGCAUGUAUAGACCAUAGCAAUUUCCCCGGUCACUGGUCCGUCGGUAAACGAGGUUGUCGCACCAAAGUACAACUGCAGAUGCAGUUAAUCUUGAGCGCAGCUACUGGAUCUCCUUUGAAGCUUUGGAUUUUUAGUCAAAGAGGAUUAGAAGUGGUAUCGUUUUUGCUUAUUCCCAAACCAGAAGCUUUGCAGUUUGUUUCCCCGACAAGAAAGCAGAAACGCAAAAUUGUUUCCCUGCCCAACAGCAACUUCAGAGCUACAACCGCAGAAUGGGCUAACCUAGCGAAGAACAUUUGGAGAAGCUCAAAAGAACAUGAUAAAGUUAUCAAAAACAGCAGAUCAUUAAGAGAUUACAAUAGUUGCAACUGUAGAGUUAAUUGUGGUGAUCUCUGUCUCAAUCGAAUUCUUCAAAUCGAAUGUGAUUCUACCAUCUGCAAACUAUCAGAGACACGUAGUUGCGGGAACACCCAAUUUACGACGUUGGAACUAGGUAUAUCUUCAUUGUUCAGAGAAGGCACACGUGUUUGUCGCAUUGAUGACAAAAAAGGUUAUGGCUUAGUAGCCAUACGAGAAUUUGCGCCAUAUGAGUUAAUCUGUGAAUACACUGGUGAAGUCAUUAAUCAAGAAGUCGUUAAGGAAAGGCUUUCAAAGAAGAAAGUCUUUCACUACUAUCAUCUUUCUCUAGAGCAGGGACUUUCGAUAGAUUCUACUGUAAAGGGUUCAGUAGCCAGAUUCGUCAAUCAUUCUUGUGCGCCCAAUGCAGAAGUUCAGAAGUGGUACGUACAGGACGAACCCAGAAUUGGAUUAUUUGCAGGUUCGAAAGGUAUAAUACCAGGAGAUGAGAUUACUUACGAUUACAAUUUCAUCUGGCUAGAGAAUGCCGAACCUCAACUGUGUUACUGCCAAUCUGCCAAUUGCAGGGGUGUGAUAGGUAAGAAACACUCACCAUCUCCAGUCUCUCAACCAACCAAGUCUUCGAAAAGGACCCCUCAGGAGGGUUCCCAGCCAAGUAGAAAGAGGGGGCAACAUAAAAUCAAGGACAAUCAACUUCUUAAAACGGAGAAGGACACUGACGCAAGGCGACUAAGGCGGAGUAUUCGGCACAAAGGCCUAGCGCCUGACGUAGGCAACACGCUACAGAGGUUACCCCUACAUGUAAGAAAACAACUAUCAAUUGAUAUGGCACCUCCUGGCAAAGCGGAUGACAUCUCAAGACAGCUACUUGCAGUCCUAUUACCAACUGAAGGCAGAACAAGGUCUUCUCGUCAAAGGAAAGUAGUAGAAGCCUGUAUAAAAACAGGAAUUCCUUUGAAAUACACGGGACUAGAUAUCAAGGAACCGUUUCCAAAGAAACGUGUGAAUAAACGAAACUCUGCUCGCAAGCUAAGAUCGUCUUCGAAAAGUUCAUCCACAUCAAAAAAAAGUGCCUCCGAAACUUUGAUCCUCAAAGAAGAGCCCAAAAACCACCCUCCGCCUCCAAGAGUUUCAGAAAAACUGAAGAUUGCUCACAUCAUCCACUCUUCUGAAGAAUCUCUUUCCUCCAUCCCCUUUCACCCUAUUAACCAAAUCAACUAA